UUGCAGCUUAAUUCGAUUUAGUUUAAUUCUGAAUUAAAUCUUAAUUUCGCUUUCUAUAAAUCGGCCCUAAGGGCACAAAUUGCGCUCGCGCCUGCGCAUUGGCGCGUUAUUAAAAACGCGGACACGUGUUUAUAACCUACAAAUGUCUUUAUGAUUUUUUACAAUAUUUCCAACAAUUUGGUCCAACAUUUCAGUUAAUUGUGAUUUUAAAUAUAAAUUUAAUUUAAUUUGACGUGACAGUAUAUCAGUUCCAUUUAAUUUGUUUCUUGAAUUGUGAAGUGAGGUUAUUUAUGUGAAUAUUGUGAAUGAGUUUGGACCCUAUAUUGAAAAUGCGGCAUUUAGAACUGGAAUCUGAAGAACCCAAACCAAAUUGUACUCCAGUAGAAGAUUCUGAUACUUGCGACAAUGCAGAAAUUCAAAACUUAUUCAAGCAAUGUAAACCUCUGCUUGAGAAACCGAUUGCACUGGACCAACAUUACAUUCUGCAAAUUGCGGGGACCUUGGAAACUAACCCAAACGUUGCUGUAAAUUUGUCAAACAAUACGUGCGAAGUGUACAGUUUGAGCAACAACCAAAUAGAUAAAUUAGCAGUUUUGGGUGAACACAGUGACGUAAUUAGUGAAGUUAAGUUUAGUAGUGAAAAUAGUAACUUGCUUUAUACAGGGUCAUGUGAUGGAACUGUAAGGCUUUGGGAUAUUCGGGCACCAAAACGAAGCUCUCUUCAAUUUAAAGACACAACUGUUGAAGAUGGAACAAUUAAAUCAUUUAAUUGUUUCGAUAUUUCGCCAAAUAAUAAAUUGCUAGCGGCAGGCACGAAUUUGUUUGAAGGCGAUUCUUUCAUUUUGUUCUGGGAUGUUAGGAAAAAUUCGCUUUUGGGGGGCUAUUGGGAAUCACAUACUGACGAUAUCACGCAGCUCAAAUUUCACUCAGAUGAUUCGAACAAAUUGAUAUCGGGGUCAGUAGAUGGUUUGAUAAAUUUGUACGAUCUCUCCGAAAACAAUGAGGAGGAUGCGUUGAUUGAUUCGUUAAAUACUGAAUCAUCAAUUGAAAAACUGGCCUGGUUUCAACAAGGAAGAAACGAUAUCAUAAGCUGUGUAACUCACACAGCUGACGUACAAUUUUGGAAAGUAGAAGACUCCCAGCCCUAUUUUCAUUUACACAGAACUGAAAUUGCUAAAGAAAUUAAAAGGAAAUCGGAAGAACAUGUGUACAUUGUGGACGUACAUGGUGGUGCUAAUAGUAUGUUGGUAUUGGCGGGAUCUAAUUACUGCGACGGAGAAUGUUUUAGAGGAUUAACGGUAGUUGGCAAUGCUGUAAAACCAGCUCUGGGAUUCCCCGCAAAUAAGCAGCGAGUUCGUUCCAGCUGGUCCAAUUUGAAUAUAAAUUUGUUGUUGACUGGUGGAGAAAAGGGAAUUCUAAAUGUGUGGGAUGUCACCACUGUAAAGUGUGAAAGAGGGUGAUUUUUCUGAACGAAAAGAAUAAAAGUAAGUUGAGCAUUUUUGAACAUUUAAUUUCUACCAAUAUCCCUUUUCUUACAAUUAAGAAUAUAUAAAUUAAUUUAUUCUAUGCUACCUUUAUAAUGCUGAGAAUGACAGUGACAAAAGCCAUUAGUUAAAUAAAAUGACACAAUGUUAUUAAAACGUUUCCAAAAAAAAAUUAAACUAAAAAUAAUGGCAACACACAAAUGUUGGUAACAAAACAAAUGUUAUUGUAAAACGAAAAACAUCUCACAAUCCAAAAAUAUAUAAAAUGUAUAAAAUAAAGAUCUAAAUAUAAAAACUCCUAAACUCUAUAGAGAUCUUCAGCUAACUUAAUCAAAAUACAAACUUCUUUUAAAUAGACAUUCCAGUAUAUUCAGCCAAAAAAAAAAAAAGAAAA